AUGACACCACGUCAUGGCAUGUUGAUAGGUAGAAACAAACUUAAUUCAUUGGAUAUCAAAUUAUCGAAUCAUUAUUCAUCAAAAGUAAAAUUUUUAGGUUUGAUGGAAACAUCUGAAGAAACAUAUUGUCAUGAUAUAUUACCUUGUUCUGGAACUAUAACUGGUGACCUAUUUUUACAAGUGGUCUAUGCAUUUUUAUUGGGUGUUGGUUCAAGGUUAAUUUCGCUAGGAAGUGAGUUUUUGUUGGAAAUUAUAGCACCAGGUAUCAUUGGAGGAUUGGUAUUACCAUUGUUGGGAACAUUACCGGAUGCAGCAAUUAUAUUUGUCAGUUGUUUGGGAGGUACACCUGCGGAGAUACAACACAAGGUAACUGUUGGUGUCGGUAGUUUGACGGGUGGCAAUACAUUUUUGAUUACCAUUCCCUGGGCAAUCGCUGUGUUUAGAGGUCGUUGCGAUAUCUCACAGGUCACCGGGUUGGCAAAGAAUAAGAUCUACACCGGGUGGUCUUGGAAGAACAGCGGUGUCUCUGUGAUGUCCUACACACCGGUACUAUGUCGUAUUAUGAUCGGUACACUCUUUCCUUACCUAAUGAUCACCAUUGCCUUUAUUAUCUCUGAGGCACAGGGUUCACAACUCGAAGAGAAAGAGAAAUACUGGGCAUUGGCAACCAGUAUCCUAUGUCUAGUUGGCUUCGUUGCCUACAGUAUCUAUCAAAUGUAUGACGUUAGAUAUCAAGAGAGAAAGUUAACAUUAAUUAGAAAGAGAUUCCUAUGGGAUCAAUUUUUGAAACAUGUAUCUACACAAGUAAAGAACAGUUUGAAAAAGAGAACUUUUGAAAGAAGUUUGAGUGUUCCAUCGGUAAAGAAACAUAGAUUUGAACAUGAAGUGGUUUUAGAUAAAACAAAGAGACCUCUUAAAGAGGAGGAGAAAUUGGAAUUACCACCACCACCACCACCAGCACAGAGAAAGGAAUUGGAUACGAGUAAGAUUCUCUCUUCAUCCACAACGUCAACCACUACCACCACUACCUCUACUACAGAGACAGCUGCCACCAACAUUCAAUGUAUACUUGAUAGUAAUAACAAUAACAAUAAUAUUACUGAUCAACAACAGAGACAACAACAACAUCAACCACUUGUACAGCAGCAGCAGCAACCAAAAGACAGCAGAUUGCAACAGUUGAUCAAUGAGAAACCAGGUGAGAAACGAAACAUCAACUUUUCAUUCCCAAGAAGAAUUAAAGACUAUUCUCAUCAUGUAAUUCCACCAACACCAACCUAUAUACAUUUAUAUCAACAUCAUCAACAACAGCAACAAACAACUCAGCAACAAACAAAUCAACAACAACAGCAACCAUCAUCAAAACUCUCACAAUCAUCAAAUAUCAACAAUGAACAAUCAAAUAAUCUUGGAAAGGUGUUCCAAGGACUACAGAGUAAGAUCAACGAUCUCGAUGAAGACGACCUUCUGAGACACGUCGAUACCUCUCACCAGCAGCAACACCAAGUGGUCGAUCUAUCAAUAGAUCCCUACGAGGAUGAACCCAAAGACAAGAUCAACAAACGAAAACUCAUAUUGAAAGCAGUGUCAUCGUUGCUCUUUGGAACUGCUCUCAUCUUUUUGUUUGCCGAUGCAUUCGUCGAAACGAUCACCCGAUUCUCUGGUCGUAUAGGAAUACAGCCAUUCUACAUCUCCUUUGUAGUGGCACCGUUCGCACUAAAUGCAAGUGAGCUUGUUUCCAGUUGGAUUUUAAGUGGUCACAAAAAGAGAAAACAUAUCUCUUUAAUUCACUCAUCACUUUAUGGUGCGGUUGCAAUGAAUAAUCUUGUAUCACUCGUGACCAUGUUUGUUGGUAUACUCGGUGGAUUUAGAAUUACAUUCAAUAUGAUACAUGCUGCCAUCGUAUUCUCAUUGUUCCCACUAUCGAUCAUUUUAAUUGCCGUUUUAGAAAGUAGUGAGAUUGGAUGGAGUUAA